AAUUUUAUUUUUCGCUUGAAUCAGGUGCUGGCCUGAGUGAGAUGCGCAGUAACCACGACGCAAAGGUGACCUAUGAAGGCGACAACAAUGUGCUGUUGCAAACCACAUCGCAGUGGCUGCUGAGGCAGAUGACAUCUGCCAGCACUGCGCAGCAGAUUGCUGAUGAUAGCACUGCGCAUGCGCAUAGCGAUGAGUUUCCCGCCUCCACGAUUCGGUUCAUGGCGCAGAUUGACGCCAAACUCAAGACAAGGUUCAGUGGUGCGGCGCUCGUCGAUGUUUGCAAUCCUGGUUUUGUGCUGGAAUGCUACGAGUGGCUGUUGUGUUGGUUGCUGCGAGAGACUCGGGCCAAACGAGACGAGUACGAGAGACUGUUGGAUGACUCAGUGGCCGCCCGCUCCCUCACACAAGUCUUUGCCGCGCACACGCUAGCCAUCGUCUUUGCUGAG